AAGGGCAUUGAUGAGCGAAUCAAUGUGGCCGUCGACAAAGCAGAGUUUAUUGUCGUUCGGAACGCUAUGAAUUUCGUCUUGCCUUACCUCAUGGGCUGGCAUGUGUUCACCAAUCCCAGCACCAUGGAUCCUUCCAUGCUACUUCCUUCAGCACCAUCUACUGAGAACACCUGGCAAUGAUUUUGAGAUAUCAUGGCUCGUGCAGCAAACGGCCUUUCCCUCUAGGUUUGUAUCCUCUUUAGCCUCGGAUAACACCAUCGUCGCCUGAUACUAGUUUCUUUCACCUCUUGACCACGUCAGCAUGUUUAAUAAACUGCCA